AUGCAACGAACAAAAACACAGAAACAACUAUGUUAUAUUAUCUUUUUUUUUAUGCUAGUGUGUCUAGCCACUUUUCUUUUUUCAACUGCGCUUAAACAAUCUCCUUCAGAAUUAAAUAAAUACAGAUCAUUAAAUAAUACCCUUGGUUUCGAUCAUAUUUUUGUUAUUAAUCUUAGUUAUCGAAUAGAUAGACGUGAAAUGAUGCAAGAAAUUGCUAAUUUCCUUGGCUUAGAUUUUGACUUUUUCCCUGCCGUUUCCAAAUAUGAUAAAAAAUUGCUCAGUAAAUAUAAUCUUGCUGGAAUAUCAAUUGCUCAAAAAGCUUGUUAUUUAAGUCAUUAUUUGAUUUAUAAAGAAAUCAUUAAAAAUGGUUAUAAAAACGCUUUAAUUAUGGAAGAUGAUGUAGAUAUUGAAUUUGAAAUCUCCAGAAUUGUCAGUGAUCUUAGACGUGCUUUACCAGAUGAUUGGGAUAUGUUUUAUAUUGCUCAUUAUAAUUAUGAGGAAGGCGAAGUUUUAGCAGAAAGUGGUGAAUUUAAAUUAAUUAAAUCUAUUAAUCCAAUUAAUACCCAUGGUUACGCUAUCUCGGCCCAUGGUGCUCAAAAGCUAUUAAAAGAUCUUAACGUCAAUGAAGCAGGUAGACAAAUUGAUGUAGAAUUAACAAGUAGAGUUCAUAAUGGAUUCUUAAAGUCAUAUAGUAUUGAUCGAACAACAAUGAUACAAUGGAAAACAAAUGAUGAUCCAUCAGAUAUUCCCGAAAGUGCACCUCCUUUUGAACGUCAAGAAUUAUUAACUUCCACUAGAAGGCUUCUUGGAUAUAAACAGAUGAUUUUAAAUCUUGAAAAUUUUAUUGAAUAG